AUGCCUCCUACGCAGAGUUCACGGUGGCAAGUUUUUAACGACGAAUUGUCUUCUUUCGAGGGAACCGGCAAGAUCGUCUCCAUCUCUUGCCCAGCUUGUACGGCAUUGGCCAUUUCGACGCUCCCAGACGCUUUCGCUGCGUGCGAUGGACCGUACCGCGUUCGAGCCGUGAACAGUGAAAAUGGAGUAGUCGCUUGGGUACACGUCAGCGAUGAGCGGUGCACAAUGCUGCACGACCACGCCGGAAGCUCUCUCCUAGCGAUAGACGGUUCAAUCGAAGUCGGGAAAGCUUCGUCUUUUGGAGGUGCAGCAGUUAGCGACCCUCUGUACAAGGAAUGGUGGACAGAGAUCACGAGAAACGUGAGCACACUUCAGUAUCUUGGAGUGGACGCUGGCGUGGUGUGCACAGCUGCAAGCCAAACUACACGCUUGGUUUUCGAUUUGACGAAGACGGGGCAGACGACUACGCCAUGUAAUGACACAAACAACGCCGACACAAAAGCUGAGGCAACCGCAUGUACCAGUGCAAGAUUCAAGCUUUCGUCCCAGCAGAACGGAUCCAUCAUCAGUUCGACUUCGAGUACUGUCCACCUUCAGAUCGACGACGCUGCAGGACUGAUGCAGAGCGGUGCGAUGUCCACCGGGGUGGCCGAUCUUGGGCUCGCCGAAACAGCAGCAGAUGAUGGGGGCCCCGCAAGAGCUCUCCUUAUCAAGGUUGUGGUAGACGGAGUUGAAGCGACGAAAAUUUCACUGAAAGAGGCGAGCACUAAGGGGGUUCUGUUAUCGUUCGACGAUCUACAGGGGACGCAUGCGUUCGAGAUUUCCAUGCUAGAAACCCAGGCCGGCAGUGAGGUUUGCCUGGCUGAGACUGCGAUGAUCCUGGAGAUCUUCACAGCAGAACCGCACAUAGUUACGGGCAGACCUUCCAUAAGAAGAAAACUAUCCCCAAGUUCCAGCGGCAUCGUCACGCGCGAAGGCGGCCCCCAGGUAACUCGCGUCGUCUUCCUUGGAGAUCUUGAAGUCCUGGAUGGCUAUAAGCUCAGCACGUUGCACCUGAUGAAGAACUUACCGACGAACUUCCGGGCCUCCACGCUGGACCUUUCUUGUGCAUCUGGCGACCUACCUGUCAAGGAUCUGUUCGACAAAGAGGGCAUUGAAGUGUUCCAUCUAUGUAUCGAGAUACCGAACGAGGUGUGGAACUCGGUCCAAGCACAAGGUGUUACGAUUUUUGCAUUCCUUUAUUCUGCCCUUGUCGGUGCUCCGACCUGGAACGAUGUGGUUUCCGUUCAUCCCGGAGUUGCGCUGGCGUUGAGCGACCUCUAUCACCACCUAGUCAAGUUCGAUGUCCUGGUCAUGUCCAACGGGGGGAAGGACACCGACGCUUACGUGCUACAGAUUGCCCGGCUGGCUGGAGUGCGCACCCGCAUGGUAAAUCUGGGCGCCAUAGCGGGUGGCUACAUGUCGCCCCUGUUUUCUGGAGCUACGACUCUUGUCGGGCCGUCGCACUACGUCGCACACAACCCGACCGUUAUCCGGAACGCCGGGGGGUUGCCGAUCAAGGUUUGCCAUCCGGUAAUGGAUGCCGCACGGGUCCUCGAGGCUGCUCGUUCGUGCCAUGCCACCCGCGUACAGAUGCCGGAUCAGCCCGAAACCCGCCCCGGUACCGGUGAGGGCGGGGCCGAUGAUGCUCUUGCUGGCGCGUUACCACCCGCAAGAUUCAUCAUGGUGGGGCAAGUCUCGAGCGAGAAGACACCUGGCGUGUUCGUGCGUUCCAUAGCAGUUCUUCAGAGGAGGUGGGUGGCAGGAGGACGACAAGGGAUGAGGCAAGUCGAGGGAGUGAUGGUUGGAAAAGGACCCAUUCUACGGCAGAUGGAAAAACUGGCACUGGACCUUCGUACAGGUGUUCGAUUCACAGGAGCGCUGUCUAUCGACAAGGUACCUUGCGAAGUUCAACUGGCAACCGCUCUUGUGUUACCUUCGAUGUGCCCGGAGACGUUUGGGAUGGUGGGACCCGAGGCCAUGCUUCUUGGCGUGCCGCUGGUGACAUUCGGUUUUGGUGGCUCAGGGGAGCUGGUGCGGCAUAUGGAAAACGGCCUCUUGGUGGCGGAGCCCACACCAAGGGCGCUUGCGGAUGCCCUCGAGCUCUUAGCGCGAGACACCGCUUUGAGAGAUCGCUUGGGGGCGGCCGCUCGACUGGAUGCUCUCCGAGCACUCUCUAUUCCGGAGAUGGUGGCCUGCCAUGUGAAUGAGUUCUGA